GCCAACUCCGCCUUCGGCCCCGCGGGAUCCCGGAGCCCGAGCCCGCCUGGGGCCGAGGCCGCCCGAGCCGCGCUUCCAGCGAACAUGGCAGCAGAAUGAGAAGGCUGGCGCCGGUGGGUGGCCGCCGUGGCCGCGCUGCAGCUCGAGAUCCGCGUCCGGCGAGCUCCGGAUCGCCUCCGUAGGCGGCCUCCCGGUGGCCGCUGGAUUGUUUCAUUGGGAACCAGGGCGGGGGAGAAAGAAGCCCCCGCCGCCGAGCGAGUCCGUGCUUUGGGUGUCGAAUCGUGCGUGCGACCCGCCGGCUGCUGAAGCGACGCGGGAGAGAACCGGCCCGGGCUGCGGCGGUGCGCACGCGGGGAUGAGCCGGCCAUGGAACGGCCUCGGCGGGGCGCACAGAGCCGGCCGGCGCCACAGCGGGAGCGCUGCCUGAGCCCGGGCUCCGCGGGGCUUCGGGGCCUCGGGCGCACUGGGGGAGUCCCAGACGCGGCCUCCGGGAAGGACGGGAGCCCUGCGUGGGGGACACUGCAGCAGUCGCCGUGCUGAGGAGCCCAGAGCCUGCUCUGCCCGCAGCUCGGCGCGCUGUCGGCACCCGGGCGCCUUGCCGGGUGCUGGGCGCCUGGCGCACCGCGGCGUGGUCGGUCUGCUGCAGGAGCCCGGUGCACGAUUGGCUAAAGAGGUGUGUGUGCGCGAGUGUUGGCCUGGCGAUCGCAGCAGAAGCAGAACCGGGCGAACCUGAGCAGCCAUGCUUCCCGGGGUGGGCGUGUUCGGCACCAGCCUCACGGCCCGUGUCAUCAUCCCGCUGCUCAAAGAGGAGGGCUUCGCGGUGAAGGCGCUGUGGGGCCGCACGCAAGAAGAAGCCGAGGAGCUGGCCAAGGAGAUGAGCGUCCCCUUCUACACCAGCCGCAUCGACGAGGUGCUGCUGCAUCAGGACGUGGACUUAGUGUGCAUCAACCUGCCGCCGCCACUCACGAGGCAGAUCGCUGUCAAAACCCUGGGCAUCGGCAAGAACGUCAUCUGUGACCGCACAGCCACACCGCUGGAUGCCUUCCGCAUGAUGUCAGCAGCACAUUACUACCCCAAGCUCAUGAGCAUCAUGGGCAACGUGCUGCGCUUCCUGCCGGCCUUCGUGCGCAUGAAGCAGCUGAUCGAGGAGGGCUACGUGGGCGAGCUGCUGGUGUGCGAGGUGCAGGUGCACAGCGGCAGCCUGCUGGGCAAGAAGUACAACUGGAGCUGCGACGACCUGAUGGGCGGCGGCGGCCUGCACUCGGUGGGCACCUACAUCAUUGACCUGCUCACCUUCCUCACCGGCCAGAAAGCCGUCAAGGUCCACGGGCUGCUCAAGACCUUUGUCAAGCAGACAGACCACAUCAAGGGCAUCCGCCAGAUCACCAGUGACGACUUCUGCACCUUCCAGAUGGUGCUGGAGGGCGGGGUGUGCUGCACCGUCACCCUCAACUUCAAUGUGCCCGGCGAGUUCAAGCAGGAUGUGACUGUGGUGGGCUCGGCCGGGCGCCUGCUGGCGGUGGGCACCGACCUGUACGGGCAGCGCAACAGUGCCCCCGAGCAGGAACUGCUGCUGCAGGAUGCCACGCCCGUGAGCAACUCCCUGCUGCCCGAGAAGGCCUUCAGCGACAUCCCCUCGCCCUACCUUCGUGGCACCAUGAAGAUGAUGCAGGCCGUGCGCCAGGCCUUCCAGGACCAGGACGACCGGCGCACGUGGGACGGGCGGCCUCUCACCAUGGCCGCCACCUUCGACGACUGCCUGUACGCGCUGUGUGUGGUGGACACCAUCAAGAGGUCCAGCCAGACCGGCGAGUGGCAGAACAUUGCCAUCAUGACGGAGGAGCCGGAGCUGAGUCCCGCCUACCUGAUCAGCGAGGCCAUGCGCCGCAGCCGGAUGUCCCUUUACUGUUAGCACAGACUAAGGACCUGCAGGACUUCGACCUUCUGUGCGGGGCCCAGAGAAGGGGAAACACAUAAGGGUGAGAGGGUGGUGGUCAUGGGGAUCGUGGGAGUUGGGGACAGAACACGAGUAGAUGGUAUCUGAGAAGGUGAGCCCCAGCCCAGGUAAGGGCCCCCAAUAAAGAGUGUCGGUGGGCUGAGCUCACAGCCAGGGCGUAGGCAGAAGAGCCUGCCGUCCUCCACACGUCUUUUGCCAGGUUUUGCAUGAGUGGGAAGAAGGCUCGCUGCCUCUGCUGCCCUUUACUGAGAAGCUAGGAGGGGUUGCUUCCCUCCCUACCUCAUCCACCCCCACACCUUGGCCUCCUUUGCAAGCCAAAUGGCCCUGCAUCAGGGGCCAAGGCCAUGGGAGCCAGGCUCCCCCGACACCUGCCACUGGCAGGAGAUGGCACAUCAUCUCAUGUCCUCAUAAGCCUAUCAGUCUAGGGAGAGAUGGAAGUGGGUUGGGUAGGUGAGGCCACUUUUUAGUCUACUUGAAGUGUCUGAAGGGAAACUCCUUAGAAGCAAAGGGUUUAGCUUCCUUGAUUGAUCUUCCUCAUGGGGAGCCCUAGGGCAUGUCUGGUUCCUUAUCCUUCUCCCUGUGGGGUAAGGAAGCAUUGUCCCUUGGCUGAUGUUGGAAAGAUCAGGAAUGGCAGCAGAGAGCAGGGUUCCCUUAAGCUGAAAGGGGUGAGCAAGAACACACACUGCACGGGAACAGGUGAGGCAGAGAGUAAACCCUCCCUCUGAGCUUGUCAACAAUGCAAAAACUGAUUUAUAACCUUUCCAGGAAUGGCGGAAUGAGUGAGAGCCAUUCACACAACGCCGCACCAAGUGUGGGUCUGACUGCAAGUUCCCACGCUGCCCUGGGUCAGCCACUGUGCCCCAGGGUUGCAGUGUGAGUCCCCAAACAGGGAAAAUGAGCAUAGCCCUGGAGUUGCUUUGGGCUCCAACACCAAGCUGGGCUUCCCAGCUUGGUAGAUUGAAAAGGGAAGCCUUCAGUUCCACUCAGAGUUCUCUUAAGAUGAGAAGACAAGGCUCUUUCCCUUAGCUUUGGCUUCUAGAAUUCUGACACCUGAAAACUACUGAAUAUCUAUCAAAAAAGAUAACAAGGAACAUGAUUUUCAGUGUUUCUAAAAUGGGGGUUUGGAGGCCUCGGAGGGCUGUAUGUCAGGGCGGAUCAGGCUGAAGGUGGAAAAUCUUCUACUUGCCCCCUGGCUGUCUUGUAUUUUCACCCACUUUUCCAGCUUCCAUUAGCGACAGCCAACUGCAAGCUCAAGAGUGGGCAGUGCCAAAAGGGAACGGCUAGUCGCAUGGGCCCAUAUACUCAUUUGUAAAUACUUACCAUCAUCAAAUGUCCCCCAAAUCAGUUUUUUAAAAUUCAGGUCUGACCUUGAAAGAAAGACCAAGUCAAGUACAUUUUGAAAUGUGGAAUUAUUGUUGUCUUUGCUAACUUUUCACACACACCCCCAUCCCAUAAUACAUUUGUGAGGCUGGGUGUGGGGACUAGUCCUCGUAAGUCUACGUAGCUUUUGUUCACAGAUUUCUGAAGUCAAACAGGUGUCUUUGGCGUACAGCUGGGGUGUAGACUUCCUUUCGGAUAACCAGCAAUAGAACUAGAAGGGAAUUAAAGGCCCUGGAGGCCACUCCCAGCCUCUAAAUGGGCAACAUUUGAAAAGGAACAGUCCCAAUAGAGGUGUCCUCCAUCCUUCUCCCUGGAGUCGAUACACUUCAAAGCCCCCAGGCUGCUCCUACACACAGGAAUAGUCCUGGAUGUAUCUAAGCACCAGGGAAAUGUUCAUCUUCUAGGACAAAAGAAUAAAUCUUGCUUUUCUUGGAAGAAUCACCCUGUUCCCUGAGCCCCUACUGCAACAUGGUGGGGUUUGUUAGCAGAAAUUCCAUGACAUGGUUAUGUUCCCUGAUAGGUUGACACACUUCAAAAUUGGGAGAUGUGGUGGAUGAAAAGUGUCCCAGUGCUAGUUGGAGCAAAGGGCCCCAUUUCUGGACUAUUUGGGUUUCUGUUCUAAAUUGCCCUUUGGAGAAGUAGUUUUUGUGAAAACUGUAGAAAGAAUUAUUUUUUUCCUAGCUUGCCUGAAAGGCUGUGAUUAAGGAUGAAGGGAAAUAAAACUAGGUGACUCCACAGGUUUCAUUUUUCUACAUCAUUUGUAGUCUAAGUAGAUGUUCUUUGAGUUUCCAUUUUGUGUUUCUGUACUUAACCAUACACUGUAGAGAUUCCCCCUACCCCACGCAAAGGCCUCUGAGCUCUGUAAUAUACAAAAAUUCUUGUUUGAGGCCAGGGGAUAUAAAAGGCAUAUACUUUAAAAGAAGCAUGAAAAAUACUUUUAGUAAGUAUACUCAAAUUUUAUCUACUGAAAUGCAUGUAGUAGGUUGAUACAGAAACGAGGAAGAAAAGACCUAGGUAGCUCAUAUUUUAGUACAAAAAUGACAGCAAAUGAGUUUAGGAUACUUUAGUGUUCCUUCUGCACUUGUCCUACCACAUGCAAAGACUGGUAAGCAGCAAGGUGAGACUGAAAUUCCUGAAGACUUUGUUUCAGCUUGGCACCCUCAGGGGUCUGGGUACCAUCUGCUGACUUUGAUCUAGGACUAAUUCCCAGUAAUAACCCAGCACAUUUCUUUAAUGUGUUUCAAGGGCCUGCUGUAAUGGAGGCAACCCUUUAAGGUCUUCACGUUCAGUUUCCCUUUGACUGUCUGGUACCUUUCGUUGUGUAGAUGCCUCUACAAAAGUCCUAAAUUCCAAAUUCUCAGAGAAGAUGCAGGUCAGGGUUCUGUUCAGGCAGGCACAGUGUUAAGGGAAUGCCCUGGGCUUAUUUGGAAACUUUGGAGGCUGGGAUCACUGUUUCUCCAAGACUUCUCCCCUUGCUGGGAGGAUUGCAUCGUGGGGCACCUCAGAUCUAGUGUGGCCUACCUGGCAGCAGAUACAGUAUGCAGAGCAUCUCAUUCAGUCCAUAAGAACAGCCCUACUGGGUGUUAUCAUCCCUUUUGACACACUAGAAAGCAACUGUCCAAAAACCAGCCAGGAGGCAGAAGUGAACUCACUGGAAUUUACCACCUUUUUCUCCAAACCCAGUUCUGUUUCUGCCCUUCAAGCCCUGGAGAGGGGCUGCCCUCCCCCUGUGCUGAGUGGACUCCAGUGAGACCUGGCGUCCACUUCUCUGCUGAGGCUCCCUCCUGUCGAGCAGGAUUCAACAUUUGGUGUUUUGCCAGAAAGUUCGUUAUUAGAGCUGCAAAUAGAAAUGAUCAAUUUUUCUUUUCCUCCCCAAAUGGAAAUAGCACUCAACUUCCUUUAAAACGAACUUCCUAAUUUUAUCUUUGGUUGUAGUACAAAAAAAUGUACAAAAACUUAGAAAACCACAGAGUUGGAGAUUUUCAAAACAUUGUUGGCUGACUAUCAGAGAUGGCCUUAGAUUUUGCUUUGGGGGGCAUGAGUAUAAUAUAGGAAAAUAUCUUUUCUCAGGGAGUGGGGCUUUCAGGGUUGAUUUCUUGUGACUGGGAUUAGAGCCGUGCAUUUGUACAUUUGUAUUUUUUACUCUCUACAUCUUGUCUUAUAGUUGCAGCUCUUGGAUUUGACCUGUGAUUAUAGAUGGGGCUUCUGAUCUGAUCUCUUUUCUUUUGAUGAGCAUAGGAGGAAAUCAGCUUUGCUGAUGACAUCCUGGGGACAUAGUAAAUCCAGUUCAUGUGAAGGGACUUCAACAUCUAAUACAUUUAGUCCCUCAUCUUGUAUCCCAGAGAGGGUAAAUGGUGGCUAACAUCACCCCAGCCCAGUUUCCUGACUCUGAGUCUCACCCUGCCUCACACAGCACUCUCAGAGAUUUGGAUGGGGAAUGGUGGCUAAGGGAGGGGCAGUGACUGGUCUGAGGUUCCCUAUUUGGUAGAGAGGUUGGGACCGCAUUGCACUGCAUUCCCUGAGCUCUUACAGGUAAAUUCACUUUUCAUGAACUCAGUUAUAUCUCAAAUAUACUCAGAAAACUAGCUUUUAAAAAUUUUCCAUUGUAAUUGUAAUGUGAGUAAUCUCUAAUUGGCGUUUUCUUUGGCAAGGAUAGGGGACAUUCAUUCAGAUUUUCACCUUUGGGAUUUCCUGAGGCUUGCUCGGACUAGCUCAGGAUUUUUUCUCCACUCAGUGCCUGUAAAGCCCUGGAGUUGACAGGGCAGAAGUCAUGACAUUGAGUAGCUUGUGGAGUGAGGGGGGAUCAACUAUCAGAACUCCACAUUUCAAUUCCUUUUUGGGGAGAGGAAGGAGGGUGAUGAAAGAUAAGUCUCAUGUAUUUGCAUUGUGAGCCCAGAGUCUCCACCAGUGGGGACAGUCCAGAUGGACUGGGGUUUCUGGAACUUCUCUACAGAGGAAUUGAGACCUCCCGUGCUUCUCUAAGUAAAUGAUGGGUUUGGUGUUCCCAUUGGAAUCUGGCUGUAAAGUCAGUGCCAUAGCUGAGUGAGCACGAUCAUAUCAGUUAAGAGCGGAAAGUAGUAGCCUGCUGACAUUUUCCUCUCCAGUGUCCCCAUGCUUAUCUGCUAGAGCCCUUGAGGCAGGCCAAAGAGGCUGGCUCUCCUUCAGGCUCCUAAGGUGUUGCAUUAUUGAAAACUCUGGAAUCUGCUACAGUCCUCUCUGUUUCCACCAGCAGUGAAUAGAAUAACAAAAAGAACCUGCUGAAUGCAAUGGCCUGAUGCUUUGUGCAGCAAUCCAAGCUCACCUGGGCAGGUAUUGGCAGGAAGUACACAGAGCCAUGGAGUCUUGACGUCUCUGUCUCUCCCCUUCUCUGUCCAGUUCUUGCUGUCCUCUGCAGCCACCUCAAGGGCUAAAUCAUUGAAUGAGUCCCUUGGUUCCUCCUUAUAAAUGCAGUAAUUUAUUUGUGAUGCUGAGUCUAAUCCCAGGUUACGAAACAAAGGCUUGUGAUCUGACCUGCUCCUUAUUCUGCCCUGUGCCUUGUCCAGGGGUGGGAGAAGUUUCUAGCAAUUUUGACUGUCUGUUUGCUGCCUGGUGCUUUUCAUUUGUUUUGUGUGUAUGUGUUUUGUUUUUUUUAAACCAAAAUUGCAUUGGUUGGGUCGUCGUUGUCAAGUAUGUAUUUAUUGUGUUUUACAAACAUGAGUAUAUAUGUAUGUAUAUGUAUAAAAGCAAACUUAUAUAUAAAAAGUCAAGGCAUGUAUACUAGAUAUUUUAAAGAGUUAUUUAUCAAGGGGAAAAGAUGUGUGUUAUAAACAGAGUCUAUAUUUUAUAUAUAAUGUAGAUAGCAAAAAUAGCUUAUAAAUUAUAGAAGGUUUUGGUUUUUCUUUUUUAUUAUUAAAGCAAAAAAAGAAAAAGAAAAGGACAAUGAAUGCAACUGUUCCUAGUGUUUUAAAAGACAAACUACUGUGGGAGUUGGGAGGCAGUCUUCCCUGCUGGGCCUUCCAGCAGGUUUGGCGACCAUUACCCUGGCCCACCCAGCAGAUCCCCGUUACUGCUUACAAGACGCUGGGGCCAGGGGGUCACAUCCCUCUGCCUGCUCGCCUGUGUGGCUCCAAAGGCGGCCCCUCGCUCUUCUCCACAAUUUGCAUUGGUGGGAUAAAGAAAACAAGUGGCAAAUAAAGAUUUAAAAGCAGCAGCA